UGAGCAGCAGGAGCUGGAGAGUUUAACAAUGGCUCCUUGUAGCAGGAAGACAGAAACGUGACCCAGCCUGGAGCUGCUGAGGGGUGUGGCCAGGUAAGAACAGCCAGCCCUACCUACUCAGGUGUUUACCCUUAAAGCAGCUGAAAAGGUAGCUCCGCAGAUCAGCACCUGGCGUAGCUUCAGCUGGAUAGUGAUAGAGCAAAGUGAAAACAUGUCUUGCUAAAGGAAACAUUAGAGACUUGAGCAGAGCACGGCAGGUGAUUUGAACAAAGAUGAAGAAGAGCCAGGGCACGUUUAGCAAACUCUUUGGGAAGAAACAUGCCAACACCAACAACACUUCCCUCUAUACCACAAAUCCAGCCUGGGUUUUCUCUCAAGAAAUCACCUCUAAUGGCCAAGGUGGUCCCGGUGAUGUUGUGGAACUCUAUUAUGAGGAUAAUCCCCUUACUAGAGCGACUGACUCUGGAACAGCAACGCUUAAACCUCGCCCAAGAGUCCGACCGCUACUGACCUUCCUACCUCUCAAUGCCCAAGACACCCAUGGAGUGGCAGUGCCAACCCCAUCUGUGCCAGACGGCUUUGAAGAAAAAGCAACUCUAGGCCUUGGGUCGCAAAUCAAUGGAAACUACAGAAUGUACAGUUCAGUUGGAGACCUGCGCUCAAAGUUUUUCAAAAGCGAAUAUCUGGACAAUGAUAUUCCUCCACCACCUGCAAUGGCCCCACCCCCACCUCCACCCUCCAUGGCACCCCCACCUCCACCCACGGAAAUACCACUGCCUCCACCAUGCAUGGCACCACUACCGCCAUCACCGCUACCUCCAACAGCAGCAUCUCCGCAAUCCAUGGCUCUACCUGUGCAUUCGUCGUCCACGUUAUCCUCUCCCAGCCGGCUGUCCCCUCCAGAUUUUGUUCCUCCAGCCCCUCCACUCACAUUUGUAGUACCUCCGGCACCUCCCAUGCCACCUCCGGCACCUCCCCUGCUGCCUCCAGCGCCUCCCAUGCCACCUCCUGCACCUCCCCUGCUGCCUCCGGCUCCUCCCUUACCACCUCCGGCAUCUCCCCUGCUGCCUCCGGCUCCUCCCUUACCACCUCCGGCACCUCCUCUGUCUCCUUCUCCCAUCUCAAAUGUCAUCUCCAAAUGGAGAUCAGAAAUAGUCCUGAACACAAGGCAGACAGACGCCCGGGGAAACACCAGCACUGCCUCUUUGUAUAUCACCACUCCACCAGCCUCUAACCAGAAGGAAGAGUCGCUGACCAAGUCUACUCCAGAACCUCACCUAACUUUCCCCAGAUCCGUUAAAAUACCUCCCGCUACCCCUGUCAGAAGUUCAUCCAUUGCCAUGGAAGAAAAAGAUUCCUGCGAGGACAACGGACCAAUUUCCAGACAGCCUCACAGCCGCCCUCCCCUUCCACCAAGUUUUACCAUACGACCAGCAGCAAAGGCACACUUAGCUGAAGAAGCGGAGCAGAAAUCUACCUUGGACAGGCAGAUGGUAACACAACCCAUGAGACAAAUCACAGAACCCACGAGUCCAAAACCAGAGUCUGAAAAGGAUGUGGGUCCAAAAUGUGAGCCUCCUGCUGCAGAGGAGAAAUUCGCUGUGCCCUCCCCAGACUACUCCUCGUCUGAUGACGACUGGAAAGAGCCCAGUAAUCUAAACAAGCUGAAGCAAGAACUGUCAGCCCUGCUGUCCUCCUCUUCAAAAAGGGAGGAGAGACAGGUGGAUAAACCUGUAACUCCCAAACCUACACACAGUAUUACCGAUCAUGCUAGCAAUGACAAGAUCAGCGCUGCUGGGUCGAAACCUAAACCUACCUGGAAAGUGCCACAGUUUCCAGUAGGAGGGGAGAGUGAUAAGACAGACAAGGUACCUACUAAUUCACUCUCUGCUAAAGAGAACUCCGCAGGCACAGUCUUCUCUGCUCCAGACAAUAAACCCCCCAACAUGCAAGCAAACAGUGUUAUGAAAUUCAGGAACGAGCUGGAAGCCCUACUCUCCCCAGGAAAGGAAAGUAAACCACCCACCGGUCUUACAAAUCACAGGCACAGUCUGAGCACAAACAAAGUUGCACUGAAUUUUGGGAGCAGCCAGACAAAUUCCGGGGACUCCACGUUGCCAACACCUAUAGCCAAUCCGCUCCCACCCCCAGCAGCCUCCGUGGAAGUUGAGAAGUCGCAGGAGGCACGUAAAACUCCCAGUGCCCUCGCUAGUAAUAAGACGUUUGAGAACUUAAAGCCUGUUCCCGGAUACCGGCAGCCUGGCCAUGUGCAGAAAUCUCCAGACCUGCCUCAGAAACCAAAGGACCAACUCUCUGUUCCAGCCUCUACUUCACCCUCCUCCGUACAGCCUGCCUCUCCACAACCAGCCUCUGGGCCACAGACAGACUUUUCUCUCAUCCAAUACAAAACUCAUCGGACCAAGACCAGAUCCACAGACAGUCUCACCUCUCAGACCCCCUCUCAAACUGUGGAGGAGGGGCCAGUGAGUGCCAACAAACAUGAGUCAGAAAGAGGCACUAUCUUGGGCUCUUCUGAGAAGCCUCAGGUGCCAACAGAGCCAGCCUCUGCCUCCACGAAUGCAGGCCAGGAGGAGGAUAUCCUGAUCCACCCGGUCACAGGAGAAAAGGUGGAAAAAGGCUCUCCAAUGGCUCUUCUCCUGGCCGCGAAACAGCGGGCCCAAAGAAGCAGGCCAACUGCCUCCCGCCAGAACAGCUACUUAUCCAAAAAGCUCUCCGACAAACGGGGCAGCAGUAGCCAGUCAGAAUCUGGCUCGACCAACUUCUUCUACCGUGAGUCGAAGCCUUACUCCUUCGUGGUGGUGCCAAAGACCCCACAGAAGGAUCCCCCCAGCCUAUCAGAGGGAAAGCCGCAUGAUGGGAUGGUCACAGGGGAAGGCAAGCCACUGGGCUUCUCGGAACCAGAGCAGAGGAGCUACAGACCACUGGACUUCUCCAGCACGUCUGAGCAGUCCCGGAGCGCGCACAAAAUUAGCGCUGCGGAGUCCCCGAGCCUUGCCAAGCCGGAGAGGUUUGGCACUUCCAGUUUAGUUCAAGGCCUCCGAGAGUCCAGUUACUCGAGGCUGCAAGACCUGUGCCCCAAACCUGAGCACCACCUGUACCCGCUCUCUUCACCUCCUAGCUCCUUGCCCAAGGAGAAGGAAGAGACUGGAGAUAAUUUGGAUUACGAGAUCAUUCCCCCGCCACCAGAGUUCAGCAAUGACGCCGAUGGGGUCAAGGAUGCUGAUUCAACCGUGGCAGAGAGCCGUGGCCUCCCGGAGGGCAGCCAACCCUGGGAAAAGCAGCAGAACAUCCGACCUCCAAGCUACGGCUAUGGCAACAGUUACGCCCUGCCCCCCAAAACGCCCCCAGACGGCAGCGCGAGGAAUAGUGGCUUCCGUCAACAUUACCCAGGGGGCAGGCCCUCCGUUGGCCUUCCAGUCUCCAGCCCAGGCAGCCGCCCGCUGAUCAAGAAGCGCCUCUAUGUGUCUGAACCCGAUAGUUCCUACACAAGAACGUCCACAUCCUCCCGGAACGUUGGCACCCCCGGGACCUACAGCCAAAACGUGGCAGGGUACGGCUCCCAGGCUGCGGAGGGGAUGCGCCGGGUUGGCUCCACCCACAGAAAUGGCCCCAGCAGCACGCAGGGCAGGCGGAUGUCACUGGAACCCCCCGGGAACACUCUGCCCUAUGCCAACACCGUGAACAAUGCCAAAUAUCAAGGGCAGAAUGGGGACUCAUCUGCAGCCAGCGCAGCGGUGACAACCAGCAGGCCUGUCCCGGGCAACUCACUGCACAGCGCUCCUGUGAACACCUUCACUGUCAGGCCUGGGGCCCGCCAGCCCAUCUCCUACACGUACCAAGGUAGCCAUCGAUAAGUGGGUUCAGAAGGCUGCUUUGCCUGCUGCUUCCAGUUCUAUUAACCUCCCUGCCCCCCCUCCGCCCCGCCGCUUCCCUCCCAGCCUGAUCAAACUUGGUGUGAUGCAGGAUGGACUUGACCUGUCAUGAAAGACAAGGCUCAUCCAGGAGUAGGCAAAAGGAUCUGCCGUGGCACCCAGAGUAUCCUGUAAGUGCACUGCAUGUAAAAUAUUGGGAGUGAGGCUGGGACUAAAACCCUUCUCAAAAAACUGAUAUGGAGAAUAGUUACUGGAAAGGACCAGUUGUUGUCUUGGGAGUCACACCCUAUUCCCCCUGCACAGGAGCAUUGAGAAUGCUCUAGCCUUGUCAGGGAUUUUAAAUUGUAAAAGAACGUGACCUGAAUGCUGUUUCAAUCCAUGUGAUCUAAAACUACUUUUUUUUUUUUUUUCUUUUCUUCCCACUACUUGUGUUUGGGAGGGGCGCUCCCCUGGGAACCUGCAUGAUGCAGAGAAGGUGAAUAGAAGCAAAUAUGCUAAAAACGGGAUAGGGAGUUUGAUCAUAACAGAGGUAUGUGCUGAGCAGAGGAUGGAGGGUCUGGAACACGGAAACUUUAAUCCUAGCUCUGCUACAGACCCCCUCGCUAGCCUUGCGCAAGUCACUUAGCUGCACGUUUUCAAAAAUGGCUUUUGAUUUUUGAGGCCAGGCUUAACACCUCCUAUCCGUGGGAGCUGCAGGUGGGUGCUUCAGCAUUUCUGGAAAAAAUCACCUUUGCACAUUCUCAGGGAGCAGGGAGGUGUGCAAGUUUAGAAGCCACAAUUGAGAACUGGGGCCUUGUCUUGAUUUGGUCCAAUAGUAAAUGGUGCUAAUGUUACAUACCCCCUGCCUCAGCAGUGCUGAGCAGAUUAACUGGUUAUGGUUUGUAAAAUGCUUUGGAGAUUGACACUCAGUAAGUGAUAAUUAUCCUUAAAUUCUGUCUCUACGAAUGGACUUCACUGUAUAUAGACUUUUACAGAUCUUUUGCCCCUCAGAAGAAUGCCCAUUUAAACCCCAUUCCAAACAGUUAAGCUACUGGUUUCCUAUAAAUGUAUAUUUUGGUUUUCAUUUUAACCUACUUUGGGAGUCAGCUAAUUUUUAAUGUAGUCCUUAAAACAGCGGACGUGUGGUCUUUAAUGUACCAGUCGUAAAUAUUAAUGGUUUAUAGUAUCUGUUUUUAGUGGUUUCUAUAUAGUAUGGAUGCCAUCUUCUCAGCGGGCAAGCAUGCUGCACUGUGCCUGCUUUCUUCCAGUUCAAAUACCUGUCUGAACUGCAGUCAAAAGAAGAUUAUCCAAAUGAGAUGGGAGCCAUGAAAGUAACUUGAGCUAAAUGGAGACUUGAGCUGCUCUCUCUCUCUCUCUGCCUAUAUGUGCAUGUAGGGGGAUAUAAUUUCAUUUUAGAUAACCAAACUUUGGUUAACUCAUUCAGUUGGUAGAAAAUAUAUAAAUGAAACAAAUCUUCUAUGCAUCAAAAUGUAAAAUAAAUGUAAAAACUUGUAGAGCAUAUUUUCCAGAUAUGGACAUCAAACAAAAAGCACUUUGAGACAUUAGUCAAUUUUUGUUUAGAGCACUUUCUUCACUACCAUGCAAUACCUUCCUAGUUCACUGAAGCUUUCUCAUGUAGUGUGUAUGUAAAAGGUUAUUUUUGCUACUGGACUUUCAAUAUUAAGAGGAAAAACUUUAGCUUGCACUGCAACUUUCAAAACAAAAUUUUGUAUGAAUAUUAUUCUUGUAAAUUGAUGUGUGUAUGUUUAUUUGUAAUUCAUUAUACCAAUUGCCUGGCUUCUGGCCUUACUCUAGAGUGGCCCCAUAUAUUGGACAUACAUUUAAGUAUUCAGGACUCUUACUUUGCUACAAUGAAUUUUUAAGAACACGUGCAAGUUUAACAUUGUACCUAGCACUUAAUGGGAUUACGUGUGAGAAUAAAGCAAGAUACAUACUGUCUUACAGAAUUAGGGCCUGAAUUUAGACUAUUAAAUAUAGUUCCCAUGUUAACAUACAGAUGAAUUUCAAGGGCCUUUUUUAAUUUAAAACUGUUUUUCCCCAACCUUUUGUUUCACACAGGCAUAAUUUUGAUUCUGAAUAUAACUUGUUGCAAACUAAUAUUUUGGCAUUGACACCUGACAACCUAGAAUUGUGAAUGUCAGCUUUCCUAUCAAAACUAAUCAAAAGUAAAUUUGGGAAAUUGAGGCUUUGCUCAAAUCUAUUUUCACCAAGGAACGGUCCUGGGUUGUUUUAGUGGAUUUAUUUUUGUUUUGCACAAAAUCUUUAUAAAAUUAGCCUGGCUUCUAUGAAAAGGGUCUGAAACAGGCUUUUUUUUCUUCCCAAAUUUGAAUUUUGUUUGCUUUUAUUUCAGAGUCCCACUACAUCCACCAAUCUGUAUUGCUCUUUUACUUCCCUCAAAAAUCUUGUUAAAGUUAAGUACUCGCAUUGUUCAUAUUGUUAAAGGAAAAAUGACUUUCCUUUUAAUUGAAUAUGGGUACCCAUCCUUGCAAAUAGAUGUAAUAGUUACAAAAACAGUGUGGCUACAGGCCUUCCAGUAUGACUGUUGAAAAAAGCUCUUAUCCUUACACUGGGAGAGGAACAGAAACCCACGAGGGAUGGAGGGAAGGGUAUUGUCAACAGCACUCAAUAGUUACAAGAACAAUAAAGUGGUGGUGGAUUCUGUGUUCAUGGAUAGUAUGAAUUACAGCUAAAGCAUGCUCUCCUUCCUGAAUGCCUGCUCUGGCCAUGUCUGUGCCCACUGACUUCAAGAGGAAAACGCUGUGGCCUACAAGGAGAGUCUUAGUUUGUUCAGACUAGGUCCCAGUGGGCAGCUGUCUAUGUUGCAAAAAAGUCAGCAUGAGUUAUUGGCAACCCAAGCAGAGGGGCCAAAACCCAAUGGGCAAUGAAGAGAGACUUUUAGGGGAAAAGACUUGGCCGCCUCCAGAUCAGGGUGUAAGCACUUUAAGACAGAAUGUGCAGCUUACACGGUGUAGUAGAUCUAGACAGGACUCUCUCUUCCCGGGCUCUAAACUGGCCGUUUUCAGCAGCUCUUAAUUCAGCAGUGGGGUGUUCACUUUUUGCUUUUUUUAAUAUACAAACUACUCAGAUGAAUUAUUAAUUGUUUUAUUUGGUCAACUGUUUUAUCACUGCAGCAAGGUUGCUUCCAAAAUGAAUUAAAUGGACUGUAGUCUGUAUUAUGCUGAAGUUUAAAACCUAAUAUUUUUAAACUACUUGCUUUAUCAAUGAAACCUUGGUCAUUCAUUCAUCACAACUGCAGUUGUUUCUAGCAAAUGACUAUUUUACACAUAAGCUACACUAGCAGUAGUAUAACUGAAAUUUUUACUUGUAAAAUGUAUACCAAGCUUUUAUUUAUACACUGUAUUAAAAUGUCACACCCACUCUGCCUCUCUCAUUUAAAUGUUUCACUUUUAUAUUUAGCUUGAAAGGGGUGGAUUAUGGCUGGUUGUUUAACUCAAUGAAGGUUGUAUUCAGCUCUCCAAGGGCAUGUCUGCACCCGCCAUGCUGGAGUUC